GCACGCGGGGCCAGCAGCCACGCCCAGGAGUGGGGGCAAAAGGCCCCUGCUGGUUGGAGGUUGCCAGUCCACGCUGGGACUCUGCCUGUAGCACCCACCUCUCUCAAGCCUCCACCAGCACCAUGAGUGGCCGAGUUGGGGAUCUGAGCCCCAAGCAGGCAGAGGCCCUGGCUAAGUUCCGAGAAAACGUCCAGGACGUGCUGCCCGCCUUGCCCAACCCUGAUGACUACUUCCUUCUGCGCUGGCUCCGAGCCCGGAGUUUUGACCUGCAGAAGUCGGAGGCCAUGUUGCGCAAGUACAUGGAGUUCCGGAAGACCAUGGACAUCAACCACAUCCUAGACUGGCAGCCCCCUGAGGUGAUCCAGAAGUACAUGCCUGGCGGGCUGUGUGGCUAUGACCGUGACGGCUGCCCGGUGUGGUAUGACAUCAUUGGGCCACUCGACCCCAAGGGACUGCUCUUCUCGGUCACCAAGCAGGACCUGCUCAAGACCAAGAUGAGGGACUGUGAGCGCAUCCUGCAUGAGUGUGACCUGCAGACGGAGCGGCUGGGGAGGAAGAUUGAGACCAUUGUGAUGAUAUUUGACUGCGAGGGCCUGGGACUGAAGCACUUCUGGAAGCCCGUGGUAGAAGUGUAUCAGGAGUUUUUUGGCCUCCUUGAAGAGAAUUACCCAGAGACCCUGAAGUUCAUGCUCAUCAUCAAAGCCACUAAACUGUUCCCUGUGGGCUACAACCUCAUGAAGCCGUUCCUGAGUGAGGAUACUCGCAGGAAAAUUGUAGUGUUGGGAAAGAGCUGGAAGGAAGAGUUGCUGAAACUCAUCAGUCCUGAGGAACUGCCUGCUCAUUUUGGGGGAACCCUGACGGACCCAGAUGGGAACCCCAAAUGUUUGACCAAGAUCAACUAUGGUGGGGAGAUCCCCAAGUCCAUGUACGUGCGGGACCAGGUCAAGACGCAGUACGAACACUCGGUGCAGAUCAGCCGCGGCUCCUCACACCAGGUGGAAUACGAGAUCCUGUUCCCGGGCUGUGUCCUCAGGUGGCAGUUCUUAUCGGACGGUGGGGACAUCGGCUUUGGGGUCUUCCUCAAGACCAAGAUGGGGGAGCGGCAGCGGGCAGGAGAGAUGACGGAGGUGCUGCCCAGCCAGCGCUACAAUGCCCACAUGGUGCCUGAGGACGGGAGCCUCACCUGCGCAGAGGCCGGAGUCUAUGUCCUGCGCUUCGACAACACCUACAGCUUUGUCCACGCCAAGAAGGUCAGCUUCACCGUGGAGGUGCUGCUACCAGACGAAGGCAUGCAGAAAUACGAGGAGGAGCUCACGCCUGUCUAGGCUCCCCUCCCCCAAACACACACACUCGCUUCUCAGAGAACCCCACCCUCUGUUCUCUCUCCAUGCAUGAUCCUACUUCUAUCCCUGACAUUAGUGAGUAGAGAAAAGUCAUAGGAGAGGCUCAGGCUUGGAGAACACCAAGGCUGCAGAAAAGGAAAAUGCCAGGAUAAAGCCAGAUGCAGACGUCACUGAAAUGCGAGAAACAGGAAACUAGUCUUCACCCGUCCUAAGCGAUUUAUGUGCUUGAAUUCCUUUUUUCUAUGAACCGUGAACAACUUAGGUUGGCGGCGUAUCCACCACGUUCUUUUUAGUGCAGCUCUCGUUAUAGUAGAUGUUCAUGUUUCAAUUGUGCAGUUGAGUGGAAGACCAGAAGGUAGCCAGCAAAGUGAUUCCUGGGUUUGGGGGAGGAGGGGGAGGGGGAGAGGGAGGAGAAAGAGGAGGGGGAGGAGGAAGAGGAGGAGGAGGAAUAGGAGGAGGAGGAGGAGCUGGGGUGUCGGCGGUAAGUUCAGCACCUUGGACAGUGGGCAGAGAUGUGGCAGAGAUGGAUGUUGUCUGGGGGCUGGAUUCUCCCAGCCCCCAGAAUCCUGGCAGUGGCUUUCUCUCCGGAGACCCAGACACAACCCCUGUCAGAGAUGCCCACCUCGGGCCAUCAGUUCCCCCAAGCUGCUCACACCCACCCUCACCCUCUUCCCUUGGAGCUCAUAGCUUAGGUUUUAAGCGAUUCAAGGAGGCUUCCUGGAAGCCAAGGAAGCCACAUCUGGCUCCAGCUGCUGCCUGACAUAAUAAAAAUUCACCGCUGUCAUGUAA